CGAACGUUCACCUGCUGUGGCUGGUUCUAAGCUCGAAACAGGCACAUCUGGUAACAGUGUACAAUACAUAUUUAGGUUUUAGUGUACAAUACUUCAGUAGUCGCCAUUGAUAACUACUGCAUGCUUGUUGCAUUUAGCAUUGAUGGUAAUUUUUAAUUGCCUGCUGAGCAGUGCUUAACGUUGUAUAUCGAAAUCUUUUUGUGUUAGGAAAAGCUUUUUGACUUUGUUAGUAUAAACACCUAUAAUGUGGAGCAGAAUAGGAUUUCUAGGAAUUCUUGCUUAUUUCCAUGUCGGAGCGGGAUUACUCCUAAAGAACCGCGCCGUCAACGAUGCUCCACUGGUGAUUGUUGAUGUCUAUUACGAAGCUUUGUGCCCGGAUAGUGUGGAUUUUAUCGUUAAACAGCUGUACCCGACCAUGCAGUCGAUCGGCCACAUAGCCAAUGUUUCCCUAAUUCCUUACGGAUUUGCCACGGAAACAUUCGUCGACGGACAAUGGGUAUUCAAAUGUCAGCAUGGUCCAAAGGAAUGUAAAGCAAACAUCAUUCAGUCUUGUGCCAUCCAUUUUCUCGAUCCAGGACCCGGAAGUUAUUUGCAUCGUGUAAAGGACACUGUUCCAAAGGAAAUUGAAUUUGUUAAUUGUAUGGAAAGCUCGGAGGAUCCGUCGACAGCUGGUCCGAAGUGCGCCAAGAAACAGCGAAUCAAAUAUGGGCCUAUAUCCGCCUGUGCCAAGGGAUCAGAAGGCAAUUAUCUCCAACAUAUUAUGGCACAAAAAACCGAAGCGCUAAAUCCUCAACCAGGCUUCAUUCCUUGGAUCAAUUUUAACGGGGCUCAUACCGAAGCGAAUCAAGACCGAGCACUGCAGGAUCUGACUGGACUGGUGUGCGAUCUGUACACGGGGGAGAAGCCAAGCCAAUGCAAAAAAGAAAUAUAAAAGAUCAGACAUGCAUGUGCUUAUCCGACAAAUCACGUUUUUACUGAUAUGCGGUUAUUACUGUUCGUACCGAACUAACCACGGCACUUCCAUUACACUCAUUGAUUUGUAAGAAACAAAAAAAUCCCGUAAUUUGUCUCCUUCAUCGCGCAUUAAAUUCUUCAUUUUUGAGUGA